AGUCCCUAUCGCAGUCAAGUGAUUGGGACCUUGCAGUGACGACGAGGGUCCCCGGAGAGAACCCGUGCCUGUACCUGUGUGUCUGAACGUACCUGUAGACGACCUGUUGGUAAGCCAUGUAGCUCUUCUAGAUCCGGUGUGCCAUAAGCAGGUUAUCUAUGAAGAUGUUUGCGUGGAGAUAAAUCCAUGAGCAUUUACAAAACAAGAAAACGCCAACAGGACUACGCGGACAUCCUAUUUUUGUAACAAGGGACAAGAGUGAAGCACCGGAAAGAAGACAGCAUGCGUGUUCUACUGCGUAUCCCCACAUCCAAUCAGCGGAGACGGUCCUCGGGAGGAUCAGAAGGAGGUCUGGAAGUUGGCCCCAGGAAAAUGUCUCUCCCGUCGGUGACGGUACCACCGGAAGUUCUCCAGAAGAGGCGGAGCUCCGUCCACCCCCUGCUGACUAACGGUAGAGGCAUCUCGGUGGGAGACUCCGACAAGGCGCUGUCGCCUAACGCCCACAUCUACCUGAUGCUGGUUGUGACUCUCUUCGUGCUGGGGGUGUCCGCAGUCUUCACCCUUCUCCCGAAAUGUAUCGAGACACUGUUCGGUAUGACGGUUUGACUGCAACAAUUUGCUUCUAAAUCACAGUGAACUCGAAACUGCACCGAAAUUAUAAGUUCUUCAGAGCUUACGUUGACAGGCUACGGUGCGAGGUUGGCAUAAUUUAGACUUAAGAUGUAUGUGCAAUGAUAAGGUGGAAGGUCAUCAUCAAUUUUCAUAAAUAUAUGGUAUUGCUAUUGCUGAAGAGAGCUGGCAAUUGGGUCGUCAUGG